GAGGAAAGGAGGAGGAGGAGGUGAGAAAUUGCGGUACAAUGGGUCGUCGUGAGGAGCUCAGUGACUUCCAGCGCGGUACUGUCGUCGGAUGCCACAUGUGUAAAAAGUCAGUCCGUGAAAUUUCCGCCCUGUUGAACCUGCCGCGGUCCACUGUGAGCGCUGUCAUCUUGAAGUGGAAACGCGGAGGAAUAACGACGGCGCUGCCCCGGAGCGGCCGACCGCACAAGCUCAAAGAGGAGGACCGCCAAGUUCUGGAGAAAGUAGCGCUGGAGAACUGUUUGCCCUCGGUAGAAGCUCUCACCGCCGAGUUUCAGACCGCCUCCGGGGCCAACGUGAGCUCCAGGACCGUCCGCCGGGAGCUGCACGAGAUGGGCUUCCGUGGCCGAGUAUCCACGUACAGCAAAACUACAGCAGGGGAGAAAGCAGAGAGCGAGGCAGAUGAAGAUGAAGCCGAGGUAGAUGUGUCUCGUCUGGACCUGCGUGUUGGUCGUAUAAUCACAGCUCUUCCAGACACCGACGGCGUUUAUGUGCAGCAGGUCGAUGUUGGAGAGGCUGUUUCCAGGACAGUGGUCAGCGAGCUUGCUAAGCACAUACCUGUGGACCAGAUGCAGAACCGCAUGGCAGUCCUGCUUUGUAACCUGAAGCCAGCCGAGACAAGAGGAGUGGUGUCCCAGGCUGCGAUCGUGUGCGCCAGCUCGCCAGGCAAGGUCGAAAUCCUCGAUCCUCCAAGCGGAGCAGUACCGGGGGACAGAGUCACUUUCCAGGCCUUCCCAGGUGAACCCGAUAAAGAGCUGAACCCCAAGAACAAGGUGUGGGAGCAGGUUCAGCCAGACCUGCGCACGGACGCCCAGUGUGUCGCAACCUACAAGGGAGCUGCCUUCGAAGUCGUCGGUAAGGGAGUGUGCAAGGCCCAAACCCUGAGCGACACCGAGAUCAAAUAAACUAACCGAGCUGCUUAAAACAGCUGCGAGCCAAAACCCUGCAGCCAGACAGGAUCCAGGAUGUUGUGGGAAGCCUCCCCAGAAGAGUGGAAGCAGCAUUUUGAUGCCGUGCUGUCGCAAAGAUGUGUCCAACAGUCAUGUUUGAGUGUUCACAUGCUUCUGUACUGUCAUACUUUUGUACCGUCAGCUGAGGAACGUGAUAGUGAAGAUUAUGUUGCCCUCUGUUGGACAGACAUGAAAAUGACAUGUUAGAUUUGUAUGAUGAAAAUCUGAACUUCUGUUUUCGGACAGAGGAGGGCGCUACAGAGCCCAUGAUAAUGUACAGUAUGUGUAUGGAGCGCGUGUUUGAAGUGAGCCAUGGGGACAUUCAGCACAGUCAUACCCAGCGUGGGAAAAAGAACACCGAGGUUCUUUCAAAGGAUUCCCGUUCGGUUGGGAAAUAUUUGCUAAGACCUAAAAAGCUUUCCCAUGAGGCCACAGUGCUCAUUUCCACUGAACUGUGGAUGAGACUGAACAGUGCAGAAGUCCCUUUGAAAAAGAGCUCGCUGAACGGUUUUACUUUCCUUCUACAGUGUGGAAACGAGUAGGCAAAUGACUUUACUCUGAGGAGGUUUUACCUUAUUAAAUAUUACAUACGUAUGUAAGGUCAGCUCUCUGCUAUAACAGUUCUCUGAGAUCCUUCACCGUAAGUCUGAUGAUGGAAAUGAGCCUGUGUGUUAUGGAUCAGCAUAAACAGCCUGUUUUAUUUGAAGGAUGUAUAUUACAGUUAAAUAUCUAAGAUCUAGACAAUCCUGCUUUUGUCUGUCUGAAGUUUCGCAGGAAUCCCUGAAAACUGAAAACUGACAGUUAUGAAUCAUUGAUUCAGAUGUAAAAGCAGACUUUAGUUAUUUACUGUUUCUUCAAUAAAUAUGUGUUUAUCCAUCCUGCA